UAACGUGUUUUACAAGCGAGCGCCGCGUACAAGCGAGCGCCGCACCCUACCAAACUUGCGCACCUCUCUCAUCUCAACGUACAAUGGCCCAACGCAGCGCUGCUCUAUCAGCUUCAAAUGAAGCAGACGUUCAGCUUGCUAUCUUAUCUAUUAAUUCUUACCAGAUACAGAGCAAUUGCAGUGCUGCUGUUAUCUAUAGCGUACCUGAACGAACGAUCCGCCGCCGACGCGCUAGCAAGCCUGCCCAACGCGAUUGCCAGCCCAACUCAAAGAAGCUUACUCUGCGUGAAGAGGAGGUGAUUAUUAGCUAUAUACUCAAUCUGGAUCAACGUGGUUUUGCGCCUACGUACGCAGCUGUACGUGAUAUGGCUGAUAAGCUGCUGGCUGCGCGCGGUGCAGGUCAGGUUGGCGUCCACUGGCCACGCAACUUUGUCAAGCGUACAGACAGUCUCACGACGCGUUUCAAUCGAGCGUACAAUAGACAGAGAGCCCUGUGUGAGGAUCCAGCUCUAAUCAGAAGCUGGUUUGAGCUUAUAGAGGAGACAAAGGCCAAGUACAGUAUCUGCGAUGAUGACGUCUACAACUUUGAUGAGGCUGGCUUUAUGAUGGGCAAGAUCACAACUCAGCUCGUCGUGACAGGGUCAGAGAGGAGAGGCAGGCUAAAGGCUAUCCAGCCAGGCAAUCGUGAGUAGGUGACGUUGAUUGCUGCAAUCAACGCAGCUGGCUGGUCAGUCCCACCGUUCCUCAUCUUUGCUGGCAAGUACCACCUCUCUGCCUAGUACGAGGAGGAUAUCCCACGCAACUAGGUGAUCGCAGUUAG